GGUAAGGGUUGAUUAUUAUGAUGAUGAAACAUCAGUUAAGGAGAAAUGGUCUACUAAUAAAGACCCUAAUGAUGCUGAUGUAUCAAUUGUAAUAGAUGUCAUACCCAAUGAAGAAAGUAGAAUAGAAGUGGGAAAUAUGUGGGCCAGUGAAGAAGAUGUAGUUGAAUAUUCUAGAAGAGAAAAGGGAAGUGGAAAUAGUCAGGCAUCGUUCUCAUUGGAUAAGGAAAUAGAACCUACGAGGCCCUUCACCUCUGAGGAGUUCAUAGAAGAUACAAAAGAGGAAAGUGACUUAAGUGAUGAAUCAGAUGAUGAGUCAUAUGAUUCUGGCCCAUCCAAAACUUUUAUCUAG